AUGUCACUUUAUGUUGGUAAUCUGUCAGAAAAUUCUCGAAGAGAUGAACUUGAACGUGUCUUCCGUAGAUUUGGCCAAUGUAAUUUUCAACUGAAAAGAGAUGGUUAUGGCUUUGUAGUAUUUGAUUUUCCUCCGAAUGCAGAAAAGGCUCUGAGAGCAUUGAAAGGUAGAAAUAUUUGUGGAGAACAGUUGACACUAACGUGGUCCAACAAACAGCCUAAUACACAAUUUUCUAGAAGGGUUGGCAGAAGAAAUGCAAAUGAGUUACAACAUGUCACUGAAAGAAUAGGAUAUGCUAGAAGGAAAAUGGGUUUGGGUGGAUGGUCGAAUCAGAAGAUGGAAAGGGGAAAUUCAGUGGGUGUGCCUCAUGAGGAGAGGGAAUAUCUACGUGAUGAUUUCAAAGGUUAUGUUGGGGAGGAAAAGGAUUAUGGGGAAGACUUUCCCAACCAAGGAGGUGGAGUUAUUCCUAACAUAGAGGAAAAUGAUAGAUGGGGUGAGCCAGUUCAUGACCCAUCAGUUGACAAUGGGAAUGGAAAUGUCAUUGAGUUUGAUCGUUAUGAACCUUAUCAGGGUCAUGAUAAAAAGCAUGACAAUGAAGAUUAUCAUGUUGGGUACUCUGAUGGUUCUCCUGUAUCAAAUUCACAAGAGAAUAUGGGCCGAGCACAUAUUGGGGAGAUUACCACAAAUCGGCCAAAUGGUCCAAAAUUCCAUCAAACCUGUUUUAGAUGUGGUGACCCAGGUCAUAAAAUUCGAAAUUGUCCAAAAGAAUAUUCUUCGCAUUGGAGACACAAUAGGUUGAGUGUUCGGCAAAAUAGUAGGACAUUCAAUGACAAUGAACAUGAGAAUAAAUUUGGAUAUGCUUCCCGGGCUAAGCUACAGUUGAAUGGGGAUGUUUUGCCAAUGAGGCAGGAAAGAGUUGGGAGGAGGAUGUCUGUAACCAGGGAGUGUGAAGGAAAGGAAUAUGGAAGAAAGAAGCGAAGCAGAGAUGAAAUAAAAUUGCCUAAAAGGUACAAGGCCAAGAUAUGCAAGAGGUCAGUUUCAUCCUCUCUGCCAUCUGAUUCCUCUGCAUCUCGCUCUCUGUCAAAUUCUCAAUCUUCCGAGUCAUUGCGCAAGUCUAGUUCCCAUUCUAGAUCAAGACCACUGUCUUCUAGAUCGCAUUCUCCAUCAUCAAAAUUAAAGUCUUCCUCAAAAUCUCAGUAUUGUAAGGGUAAAAGUUUGAAUUCUAGGAGUGUAUCACUCAAUCUGCCUUUAUCAUCCUCUCCUGAUAAAAUACAGUUAAAUUCAAAAAAUUCAUCCAUUAAUGGUACUGCUGUUGAAACUGUGGAUAACUUUGAUGCACAAGAACAACAGCUUGGUGACAGUAAAAUAGAAUUGGAGAAUCUGCAAUCGAAGGACACUGUAAAAGGAAAAGCUGCAGGAUUUGUGGAGAAGAGCCAACUUUUACAGGAGGACACUCCUAAAAAUCAUACAUUAUUAAAAUCAUCUGAUAGAGUUACAAAUUUAAAUGGACCACCUGUUGAGAAUUUAUCAACACUGACAGUAAAAGAUACUGAGGUUCUUAGACGUUCUGUAUCACAGAUAUUGGAUGAUGCUCCUGAAAUUAAUGUCAAUAUCCAUCCGGAUCUUUCAACCAUUGUAUCUAUGGAGGAGAUGCACAUGGUUCUCAGUAAUUGUGACUUGAAACUCCCUAGAGAAGAUGAAAACAAUUCAACAAUUGAUGCAUUCUUUGGUUGUGCUCGUUUGUGGCCUUGGCAUCUUGUUUAUUAUCGUAGAUUGAAGAAAGGCCCAAUUUCAACUGAGAACUAUGCCAGACGGAUUAUUCAAAAUCAGCAAUUCGGCAUUAUUGAUAAGUAUAUAAGAAGCAGUAGUGGUUGGGGAGAGUUUAGUCUUAAGAAGUCUUAA